GUUCAUCAGUGACUCGAAUCUGUUUUUAACGCCACACACGCACACACACACACACACACACACACGCCAGGUGAGGAGCAAUGCUUACAACCAGCAUGGAGACCAGGACUAAGACAACAUGGAUGAUUGUGUACGGCUUCAUGGAGGUCAUUUGUGUUGGCUCGAGUCCGCUCUCAUCACUGAAGGUCGCUCGGUCUGGAGUGGGUCUGGAAGCCGUACUGCCAUGUGAAUAUGGGUCACACAAUGAAGCCAUAUCUGCGACGCCGUAUAUCCAGUGGCAGACUUUCAGAAACAUGGUGUACGAGCGAAAGGGUCCUGAGCAUUUUCAGGGCGAGGCUUACCAAAACCGUGCUGACGUUCCAGAGGAUGUGCUGGCGAAGGGGAACUGCUCCCUGCGUUUGACUGACAUCCGCUUUAGUGAUGCAGGAAUCUACGAGUGUUAUCUGGUGGUUGGGAAGACGGGCAACAGGAGGAGGAUCUUCAUCCAGAGUGUGCAGCUCUCUGUUCUCGAUCACAAGAGCUAUCAGUCUGUGGAGAUGGGGAAAGACCUGACCCUUGACCUGUACACACACCAGGCCCAGACUGUGGUGUUCCAGCCCUCCAACAGUGCUGAGUGGAGAGAGCUGUGGCAAAGACAGCAUAGGAAGGAGGAUCUCAGGUCUCGGGUGGAGGAGAGAAACGGGAAACUUCUUAUCAGGAACAUGAGAGAGAGUGAUGAAGGACUGUACAAAGUGAUGGACAGCGAAGGACUCGCUCUGAGCACCGUGAAGGUUUCAGUUGAAGAACCUUCUGAACCCACGAGACAGAACACGAUGGAUAAACAAUUAUAUUUAGAAAGCAGUGUUGGAGUGAACUAUCCCUCCCUCCCUCUUCCCUUUCUCCUUGUCAUGCACCUGUAUCUACUCUGACCCUGAAGAUCAUAAUGAUGAUGAGCCUCAGUCGUCCCUCACCUGAGUCCUGCAGUGGCUCAGUAAACUACAGGGUAAACGGCGCUCUCUCAGGGCAUCAGGGAGCAAGUACACUAGAGGAAAGCGCCCUAACCCCUUAUGUGCUCCGGAGGUGUCGUGUUGUGAAACCUGUGUUAAGAAUCGAUUUGUUUGAUAUUCAAAUCUUACUUAUUUUUGUUUCACGCUGAUUUCAGUUAGAUUAUUAAUAUUGAUAAUAAGAAUAGAAGCAGAAUUAUUUAAAUAGUAUUUA